CGAUAUUGGGGACAGGACCGCGCCGGUCUCUCGCUCUCAACCUCUCUUCGCGUCAGUUUCUUCCUCAGCUCCUCUCCCGAGCGGCCGGCGGCGCGGUACUGGAGCAGAUGUGAGCGUCGUUGUGCGGGACGACACCGACCCACGCACGAGGCUCUCCCUCCGCGCAAGGAGAACCAGGCAGUCCUGCUCAUGUUCCAUCGGCUGAGUGCCUAGCUGAACCCCCUCCACCCGGCAGUUGUCACGUGGACAUCAUGCCGGACCUCAGCCUGCUCCUUUAUCUCCUGCUACUGCUCUUUGGCUCCCGCGCAGAUCCAUCGAUGCAGGAGGAGGAUCCGGACUUUUAUAGAGAUGAAGCCACAGGUUACGGGCCGGUGUUUGAGGAGCAGCCGGUGGAUACCAUCUACCCCGAGGAGUUGCUCGAGGACAAAAUCACCAUGAGCUGCCGGGCUCGAGCCAGUCCACCUGCCGCAUACAAAUGGAAGCUGGAAGGUGUAGAAAUCGACCUGAUCGCUGACCACAAACACUACACAUUAUCGGAAGGCAACUUGAUCAUUAGCUUCCCCGUUAAAAACCAACAUGAGGGGAGGUACUCCUGCUUGGCCAGCAACAAGUUCGGGACGGUCGUCAGUCGAGAAGCGUCUGUCCAGUUUGGAUAUUUGGAUCUUUUCUCAUCGGAAGAAAGGGAGUCUGUGUAUGUCAAAGACGGACAGGGGGCAGUUCUUCUCUGUGCUCCUCCUCCACAUCAUCCAGCCGACCUGUCGUUCCGAUGGAUCUUCAAUGAGUUCCCCACUUUUAUCUCGCUGGACAAAAGGCGCUUCGUCUCGCAGAUAACGGGCAACCUUUACAUCUCCAAAGUGGAGGCCUCGGACAGCGGCAACUACUCGUGCAUCGCGUCCAGCUCCUCCAUCUCCAAGAGUGUCUUCUCCAACUACAUCCCGUUGGUUCCCCUCAGAGAACGUUCAAUCAGGAAGUAUCCGGCUGACCUCAAUGUCAAGUUCCCGGACACCACCACUCUGGCAGGGCAAAACAUCACUUUGGAAUGCUUUGCUUUGGGAAACCCCGUCCCAGAGAUCCGCUGGAGCAAAUUGAACGGAGAGCUGCCCCCCAACCAUGAGGUGCGCAUGGCGGGGGCUCACCUGCAUCUGUACAACGUGCAGCCGGAAGACGGCGGCUCGUAUCAGUGCGAGGCCGUCAACUCCAAGGGAAAGGACUACCACAGCGCCCAUUUGUCCGUGGAAGCUUUUCCUGUAUGGGUGGAGCACAUCAGCAGCGCAGAGGCAGACCUCGGCAGCGCCUACGCCAUGUCCUGCUCAGCCAGCGGCAAACCCGAACCACGCGUCCGCUGGCUGAAGAACGGAGAGCCGUUGGACAGGAACGAGAUGACGUUCGGCAGCUUGACGUUUGAAGACUCCGGGAUGUACCAGUGCAUCGCUGAGAAUCCUCACGGGGUCAUUUUUGCCAACGCGGAACUGCGUGUGUUCGACUGCGCUCCCACCUUCGAACACAACCCGGUCAAGCAUGCCCUCGCUCCGAGAAACGGCCGUGUGGUGAUGGAGUGUCGACCCAAAGCCGCUCCCAAGCCCAAAGUCUUGUGGAGCAAAGACACUGAGCUGCUGUCCAACUCCAGCAGGAUGUUCAUCUGGGAGGACGGCAGCUUGGAGAUCCUCAACGUCACCCGCACGGACGAGGGCAAGUACACCUGCUUUGCCCACAACAACAGGGGCAAGGCCAACAGCACGGGCUCUCUCACAGUAACAGACUCCACAAAGAUCACCUUGGCCCCCUCCAAUGCUGACGUCAAAGUGGGCGAAAACGCCUGGAUGCAGUGCGCCGCGUCACACGACUCCUCCCUGGACAUCACCUUCAUCUGGUCCCUGGACGGCCGAGUCAUUGACCUCGACAAGGAAAGCCAACAUUAUGAACGCAGCCCGAACAGAAGCUCGGAUGGCGAGCUGAUGAUCAAGAACGCGCAAUUGAAGCACGCCGGAAUUUACACCUGCGCGGCACAGACGACGGUGGACAACGUCACCUCCUCUGCCAGCUUGGUUGUAAGAGGACCCCCCGGUGCCCCAGCGGGGGUGCGAGUGAUGGAGAAAAGUGACAAGAACGUCACGUUGCGGUGGAGUCGCGGCGCAGACAACCACAGCCCCAUCUCCAAAUAUACCAUCCAGUACAGGGACGCCUUCUUUCCGGCCGCGUGGAGGAACGCCACCACAUCGCCACCAGACGUUGAAGGCAACGCCGAGACGGCCACCGUGGUGGACUUGGUGCCCUGGACUGAGUACGAGUUCAGGGUGAUGGCCACCAACACGUUGGGCAGGAGUGACCCCAGCGUCCCCUCUCCCAAAGAGAAAACUCUGCCCUCAAGUCCUGUGGUGGCGCCUUCAGAUGUGGGUGGAGGUGGCGGCGCCAACAGAGAAUUGAUCAUCACGUGGACGCCUGUCCAGGAGCAGUACUACUACGGGCCGAACUUUGGUUACAUCGUGGUCUUUAAACCUCGAGCUGGCGUCGAGUGGACACAGGUGAUCGUCUCCGACCCGCAGGAAAAGCGCUACGUGCACAAAGAUCCGUCCAUCGCUCCUGCGACCGAGUUCAUCGUGAAAAUCCAAGCGUUCAACAGCAAAGGGGAGGGACCCUACAGUCAGCCGCAAACCAUUUAUUCCGCGCAAGACGUUCCCACUGAUGCUCCUGGAAGCAUUGACGGGAAAGCGCUUUCUGCCACCGAAGCUGUUGUAUGGUGGUUCCCCAUCACGCAGAGCAACAUCGACGGAUACCAGGUGAAGUAUUGGAGAAAAAAGGAGGACAGUGAAGGUGGAGCCCACAGAGUGGUGGUGUCCGGGAGGGAAAACCAUACCAGAGUGGAGGGAAUGAAGCCCGACUCCCUUUACCUCAUAGAGAUCCGGGGCUAUAAUUCUGCAGGCUAUGGGCCGGCCAGCGAGCGCCUCGAGAUCCACACCAAGAAACCACCACCCAGUCAAGCCCCAAGAAUCAUCGGUAAAAAAUUCAAGGGCAAGUCGGUAAACGUCGCCUGGGAGCAUGUGGCGACGAUGGCCAACGAGGCACCGGUAGAUGGUUACAAAGUGCUGUACAGGCCCCAGACCCAAUCCACCGGCAAGCUGUACAUGACCAGUCGGCGGCACAUUGAACUCCCCCUCUUUGAAAACGAGACCUACGUGGUGGAGGUCCGAGCGUAUACCGAGGGUGGCGAUGGCGCGGUGUCCCAAAUCUUCAUCACCGGAGGAAGUGUCAUGGCCGCCCGGCCUCUCGGCACACUCGGCCUGCUCCUGGUGGCCGUUCUCUGCCUGAACCUCUGAAUGUAGCGACAUCUUUUGUCUUCAUCUCCACGUGAAGGACCCUCUUUUACAGUUGACAACCUACUUUGUAGAAGAACUUUUUUGGGACUCUUUCCACAAUCGUCGUUCGGUUCCACUCAUUCCAACUCUUCCCCUUUUCCGGAAGAUUCUUUUGGGAAUAGACGUAAAAACACGGAAAUGGGCAAUCCCGUAUUUAUCCAAAAGCCUCUUUGGAGGUGGUGUAUCAAAGGAGCUCUGUCGACUUUUUGAAAUAUGCCUUAUGUAAAUGUCUGCACUUAUCUUUCAAAGCACAUCGGUCCUCGGACAACAGUUUUUUUUUUCUUUGAUACAAACAAAACAAUCCCCGAUGCACCCCUUAUACUUUUGAGCUCAACAAUAAUCCGUGAAGGAUAAGUGCAGACGUUUGCGAGUAUCUGUACAUUGUACAUGUCUUUCUUACCUGCGCUUCAGCUCCGUUUCCGCGUUUGUUUUCAUCGCAAAAGUGAAGCAGAGCCCCGGUUCAAGCGGAUACAGUCAAAGCAAAGCGCAACCUGCCCCAACUUUUGACCGACGUCACCGAGACAAGAACUCGACGUCUUCGGAUCAAGGCCGUAUGUCCUUAUGUAGUGGCCAGAGAUGCCGAGAAGUACCGGGCUUCUAUUAGGCGUAAGAAGAGAGGGCUUUAAGUGUACAAAUUAACUUUUAGAACAAUAAUGUGUAUAUUUCUAAUCACAUUCAAAUAGCGAUACUCGGUAAUUUAAAUGCUAUUUAUCAGAUUAAAUAUCUAUCGUAUAAUAUUUUGCUUUCCCCCCCCCCCCCCCCCCCCCCAUUCUGUUUAGCAACAUUUGAUCGGGAGGUCGUUGUUCAGCUUUAUGGCGGAGGGCGUUUAUUGAGGGCGUGGUGUUUUGGUGUUUUUUUUUUUUUUUUUGAGUGGACGAACAAUUCCUGUGAGAGUUAAAGCUACUAUUUGAGGAAAUGCGGUACUUUAAUGAAUUCUAGGCUGCCCCCUUUUACAGUUACAAUUCGGUAAAGCUCUUUUUUGUUCCCAGAUGAAUGGGCUCCCUGGUGCACUAAGAAAGGCCAUUUUUGAUUUUAUUUAUUUCAAUUUGUACUUCCCGUAGGUGUAUCAACCAUCUACUUUUGUCCUUCAAGUGUACUUAGAGUUGCAGAAAAUCGUCUGCUCGUUGAACGCCGGCAAAGUUUCGGCUGAGAUGGACGAUACUAAGCCACGGAGGUUUAUCAAGCGAGUCCUCAGCCACGAGCAGAGGAGGCUCUCAACACUGCCAAGCAAACUGUUUGCUGUUACGCUAAUCAAGUGGAGAAGCACAAAAACAGAUGCCUUGGAUUGCACAGCGAGCGCGAACAUUAUUAUCAACACAGGAAAAGUCAUCUUCGGUCCUGGCAUGUGACUCUUGAGUGACGUGAAUUUAUGACACACACACACACAAGCGCUUCGAAUGCUUUGUUUCGGAUGAGAGCCACUCGCUUUAGCAGCUAGCAGUUUUAACAACUGGGAUGGAGUCGACCGAGCCGAUAGCUCGUAAAGCUCGUCGUUCGUUCGUGUUUUGCGUUUGGAAGUAAACUGGAUUGGCCGAUUGCUUGAGACUGAAGCUAAUGCAAGACCGCUGACCAUAAUCUCCGUGUUUGUUGGCUCAAACUGUUUUUGCUUUGGCUGUAUCAUGGAAAAACUCCGCAUAGAAAUCGGUUUAUUUGUUUGUUUACAUGCAAAGUUUCCACCGAGCAGUCCAGUACAGUUGGGUUCCGAACGAUCUCUGUCAACCAAUCAGUGGACAUAACAGGACCUCCCUGUGGAGGCAAACGAUCAUACUGAUGCGAAAAGAUCUUAUUUUGGAACAUCACAAAUGCAUACCCGAAUUGCUGAGCGGAAAAGGGCAGUUUGGCUUAGGCUACAUCCUCAGAAUCUGUUUUUUUCCCCCCGAACUCGAUGGAUUACAAGUUUGAUUGGAUGUUGACCACUGUCGGGUUCCGAUUGCGAAAAUCAAUCAAAUAAUACUCUGCAAUUUCGAUUACACUACUGUGUAAAGGUUUGACGUUUGGUAAGGUAUUAGAGUCAGAAGGUCAAGAAUAUGUCCAACGUAAAGCAAACAGUCCUGCCAAUUGGAAAAAGUUAUAUUUUUGGCUGUCUCUUCAAAAAAGGAAAAACAAUGGGUACCGGUGCACUUCUUUUACUCGCUAAACGCAAAACAAAAAAAAAAAAGUGGAAACGGAGCUUUAGCUUUGUGCGCCCACUUAACACUUGUCUUCUUCAUCUGUGGCUAUUUUUUGUUCUCAUAACAGGACAACAUGCCUAGCUCCUCUUACUACCAUGUGUUAUGAAAGAGAAUUCCGUUUGUCGAUUUUUCUACCUUUCGUUUAACUUCCCCUCGAUCGAGGAUGAAAAUGCUGCGUUUGGAUUUUGAUGGUGGCCAUGCUUUCUGUGUCGUGACCUUCCACCGCAAAGUGCUUCUCCCAGUUUCCCCACUUCAAUGCAGCAGAUGAGCGCAAAGGGUUGCCAAAUGCAUGAUUGCCUUGAAAGUUCGCAAACAUUUUUUUUUUUUUGGUUUGUUUUCCGUUCUAUGCUGUGGCGCUUACAUUCUCACAACGCAUGAGAGAUGCAUUCCAUCCAGCGUGGCAUCCCUUUACGGCAACUGAGCGUGUCCCACCUGAACCUCAUCCGUGCUUUAAUUGCCUGUCGUUUGUCAUGGCGGGUGUGGGAGUUUUUUUUUUUUUUAGAGAGAAAAUCUAAAGCUUAGCUGCCACAUGUGAGGGAUCAAACUGGAACUGAUCAUUGGCUGACAAGAAACAAUAAAAGUGUAGUAAACGAA